GUUUCCUGUUUGUCUACGUAUUUUAUCUGGGAGACCAUGACGUAAAUGCAUGCACAGCUUAUCACUUCUCUACUUCUCAAGCGACGACGUGGGAUUGGUUUGAAGUUUGAUGGAAAGAAUCAAGGCAAUUCUUGAAAAAGAAGGAUUUGGGCUAAUUUGGCAGCCAAGGGAUGAGAAUGCAUUUUACUACAUCAUUCAAGCAAUUAAGAACAAUUCAGAAAAAAGGUCAUGGUGGGAUAUGAGAAAAACAAAGAACGAAAUAUUUGAGUUUGAAUUGCAGUAUGCCUUGUAUUUUCACCUUUUUCUCACUCAGUGUAUUGCAUGUGACGGGGGACAUCCGGCAGAAGAUUGCUUAGAGAAGGACUUUAAACAAUCCCGGGCAGAGAAAAGAUCCCCCUCUCCUAGAGAAAUAUUUGCUACUUCUGAAGUUUUGCAAAGAACAAUAUGCUUGUAUCGGAUAUGUGCUUUAUCUGUAAAAACUAUCAAGGACUUCCAGGGGUUUAUUUUUACUCCCUUUCUGCGAAAUAUGUGUACAUUAGAACCAAUCUGCAUUGUCAUGUUAGAAAGAAGUGACGGUUUUCCUGAUUUUGGUCUGAUUGAUUUCAAAUCUCAUGAUGAAAAGAUUUUAAGCACCUGCCCUGGUGUUCUCCUAAAUUUAGAACACAAGGAUUGCUUGGGAUUCAAAUUUACAAAUAAUUAUGACCUUCUUUUUACCAGAUCAUCUUACGGUCGUGAUGACCAUGUCACUGAUUUAUUUAGAAGAAUUAGCUUCGAGGUGUAUAACAACGACGAACAUUUCGUUCGUAUUAUACACGCCAUCUGCGACAUUGAGCUGAAAGAAGACAAUGUAGAUGUUUUUUACAAGUAUGCAGAAGAAUCUUUCAGAGAAGACAUCGAGCUUGACGAAAAGGAGCGUCUUCUAAGAGAACACGUAGAAAAAGUUCGAUCGCAAUCAAAAGACCCUGGAAAAGGAGAAAUGCUUGCCUUAUCAUCAGUUUUGAACGCCGAUAUUUUCAUUGGAAAGGAAAAUAGAGACUGUUGGGAGCUUUACAUGCCUGUUACAAGUACAUAUGCCAGGUGUCAUCAUUCACCUAUUCUCUUACAUGUAAUAUUACAGAAUCAAGAUUCCUCCUGUUAUAAACCGUAUAUCACAAACAAAAACGAAUGCGCCUGUUGCCAAGAUAAACCAUUUAUUCUGGGACACAUCGGAAUGGUCGCAGAAAACCUUCAUCAAACAGUCUUCAGAGCAUCAUGCUGUCCCUCCUCCAGGCACGCUUUCCACAAACAUCUUGACCACAUUCCUAACAGUAGAACAACUUGGCCAGAAAGAGAAGAUUUUUUCGCACCAAAUGAAUUCAUCCAGAAUGCGUUAGACAGACUUUCAACAGAGGGACGGCGAAUUGAUCAGAUAAAUGGAGGAAAUGGCACUCUUACAUGCGCAUUGAUCAAGGAAAUAUAUGAGCAGAAAGAAUCCUUUCCGAGUGAUAUACUUGAUAUACUUGAAAAUGAAAACACUAAACUCGAUGAGAAACUGCAAAGAGUCGCUGAUUGGAGCAGCUUACCGAUUUAUAUCUUCAAUAUGAUAAUCAUGAACAAUGAGCAUCGUCCAGUGUUUCAUUGGACUCGAUUUGAACCAACGACUUUGAUCCAAACACGCCAAAGAAGACCAUGCAGAUUUUACAUCACUUUGUUCUUUGACCACUCAAAUGAUGUUUUUAAUAGAAUCAUUCCAAUAGGAGGAUGCAAUUGCAAUUUGCCACCCCCAGUAUCGCUUUUGCAGACAAUAGCAGAACUUGAAACAAACAUGCUUCCAAUAGAACCUGACAGCAGGCACAGGAUAUUUGAGUCAUACUUUAGUGAGGUGCCGAAUGAAAGCCUGUACUGCACAGAAAUCCGAGAUUUCCCUCCGUGUUCACCAUAUUCUGGACUUCGAACUGUCCAGCUGAGACCAGAUAUGAAAGAUAGGACAAUAGAUUUUGUGGAAUAUUCUGAUCAUUCCCUGCUUCGAUGCCUCAGUAAGGAAAUAUUUGGAACUGAGCAACAUUGUGAAUUCCUCCUGAAAGAGCUAAGCAUAGAAAUUCUACAAAACACUAAUUCCUACCUGCCAUUCCUGGAAAACAUCACCAAAUUUAUUUUUGAGAAAAAGUUUGGGAAAAUGAAAGGUUCUGAAAAAGAAAUAAAAGAGUUGGUAACAUUCGCAAUUUCACGAAUUGAAGAUGAUUUACCGACUGGAGACUUCCUACUUUGGGUAAUUAGCACAUUUUUCCAAAUUGAUGUUUUUGUGCUACGAUUUGCAGAAUCGCAGUCAUCUGCAGAAAGUUACUGGACUGAAUAUUUCCCUCUGCGAGAGAAAAAGGACCGAUAUGAAAAUUCUAGAAAAAGACAAACGUUUCUGACAUUAAUAGAAACACAGACAAAGAGAUACUACAGAGUUGUAUCAAAAACUGACGUAUGCAACUGUGACCUUAUUGCUCCAACAGUUCCAAACAGAGUUCAGGAUCCUUUGUCUAUUUCUUCCGACCACGAUUGGAGAAUCACAAAGCAAAUGAGAAAAAUAGAGGCCAUGAUUGAAAUUGCCAAGGAUGCAAUAGACCGGUGGCUCAAAUGCAACCUCAUUCUUCAACAAACUUGUGACCAGGUAAUUGCCGAAAUGGAACUUCGUCGCCGAAACGUCAACGUUGCAACAGUAUCAGGCUCUUCUGCUGGUAUAGUUGGGGCUGUACUAACUGCUGUUGGGAUUGGUAUUGCCCCUUUGACAGCAGGAGCAUCUCUUGCCUUAUCCGUCACGGGUGGUGUCCUUGCAGUAACUGGCGGAACCGUUGCUGCUGGUGCAAAAAUUACCGAAACCGUCCUAAACACCAAAACGAUUGAGAUUCUGAAAAGAUAUCAAGAUGAAUAUCAGGAACUUUUCGAAACUGUGCAGAUCAAUCUGCGUUUACUGACAGAUGAAAUAAACAGGCUUGGCGACAUAGCAAGUGAAAUGAAAACUAAUCAAGAAAUAGAGUCUUUCGAUUUUGCAGCACUUCAAACUUUACCUGGGAUACUAAGAAUGGUUAAGGGGUUAACAAUGAUUCCAUUAGCACUACUACGAAUUUCUGCAAGGGGAAUAACCAUUCUUGGAGUAGUUAUAGGGCCUUUGUCCGCGCUGAUAGAUGUAGGUUUGCUAGCUUUUUCUAUCCGGAAUAUGAUUCAAAGAAACAAAACCGACGUGACCGAAAAUCUUCGAAGAAUAUCUGCCUCCCUCUACGGUUCAAGGAGACAAAUGCAUGCUUGGGCGUAUGGAAAUCAGAAGGUUUUCUUUCAUGAUUCAAAAUAAUUCUUGAGGACAUGACACCCAUUGAAUUAAAUAAGAGCACCUAAGAAUAUGAUUUUUCUAACUCAUAUUUUCUGUCGAUGUAUUGUUGCUAUGUUAUAAAAUUAAAAAAAAAUAAAGAG